AUAUUAAAAAUGGACUAUUACGGAGAAGAUUAUGAUACAAAUGAUUGUUACUCUUACCCAUCUAAAAGGUUUUUAUUUUAAAUAUUUAAAGUUAGGAAACUCUUGAAUUACAAGAUUUUAUGGAAUAUAUAGAUCAAUUGAUCAACAAUAUAGGAGAAUUAUUAAAUUUUGAUUCUGAUAACACUUAUGAAGUAUCAAGAUUAUAAAAUUUAGAUAUUAAUGUUUUAUAAUUGGAACAAAGAUAGAAUCGAGAGUGAAUACCAUGAAAAAAUUAUAGAAUAACUGUAAAAACAAGGCAUUUUAAAUAAUCAUUCAGCCAUUUCUUACGAAAACAAUAUAACUAGUUGUCCUUUAUGUUUAGAAAUUACUACUAUGGUUAAAUUAGGAUGUGGACAUUUAUUUUGCCAUAGUUGUGUUACACAUACAAUUGCUUAAAGAUUUUCAAAAGAAUAAUUUUUGGUUGUUCCUUGUUUAUAAUAUGGAUGUAAAUAUAGAUUACCAAUUUCAAUGAUUAAAAAAUUUUCUAGACUAGAGGAUUUUAAAAAAAUAAUUUGCAAAAAAUUUAUUGAUACAAAUAAAUCAAUUGCAUAUUGUCUAGGAGUUGAUUGCAAGAAAAUAUUAAGACCAAAAGAUUUAUCAAUAACUACUGUUACAUGUUCUUGUGGAACAUCAUUUUGUUUCAGAUGUAAAAAUGAACUCCAUCUACCUGUUCCUUGUGAUAUGGCUAAGAAAUGGGUUUCUGAAAUAAAUAAAAAUGAAACCAAUAUAUUAUGGAUAGUUCUCAAUACAAAAAUAUGCCCUUUUUGUAAAAAACCUGUUGAAAGAUCCGAUGGAUGUAAUUAUCUAAUGUGCAAACCUCCUGGAGGUUGUGGAAAUGCUUUUUGUUAUGUUUGCUCUAAUCCUUGGGAACCAGAUCAUAAAGAUCAUUUUAUAUGUAGUAAAUAUGUUCCCCCUACUAAUAAUUUAUUUAGUUUCGCUAAAUUAAAUUUCUCUUUCGAAAAAUUCUUAUAUUCUCAAAUUGAUGUUGAAUAAAAUUAAAAUAGAUUAAAAUAAUUUAAAUAAAAAUUAAAAACCUUAGAAUUUUCAAAAUUUACUGCUCUUGAAGCUACAUUUUUGGAAACCUCUCUCUAAGAAUUAAUUUAAUCUAGACAAGUUUUAAAAUGGUAUAUAACACUUUUAUAAUUUAGGACUUAUUGUCUUGACUAUUUCAUAUCAUAAAAUAAUUCUAAUUCUUAUAAACUAUUCAAUAAUUAUUUAUAAGAUUUUGAAGAUUCUUGUGAAUAAUUAAGUUAAGUUUGUAUGUAACUUUUGGAUGAGUUUGAAUAAAUGCAAUAUUAAUUUCAAUAUAUGACAUAAGAAGAAAAAAGAGAUGUCUUUUUAAAAAUAGAGCAAUUUCAAAAAGUGUUAAAUAAAUGUAAAUUAUUGAGAAUUAAUCUAUUAAAAGCCAGUGAAAAUGAUGACAUAAUUAAAUGA